AUGAGUUUGUUCAAGGAGGAUGCCUUUGUGCGGCGUUUGAAGAGCUUGACCACAUCCCAGGAAAGCAUCGAAACUCUCUCGCUUUGGAUGCAAAAUUUUCGUGGGCAAGCCUUCUCCGUGGUCGCCCUCUGGCUCGACACCCUCAAGCAAGAUCAGGGCAGCCGCCUGAAGUACAUGUACCUGGCCAAUGACGUCCUGCUCAACUCGAAGCGGCGAGGCAACGAAUACCAGGCUGCUUUCCGGCCCAUAUUGGCAGAGGCGCUGGAGCUAGCGGCUACAGCCGCUCAAGCCGAUUCCAAGGUUCACCAGCGGCUGCAGCGUUUGGUGGGCAUUUGGCAACAACGAGGUGUCUACUCUUUAGAGGAGCUAGAGGCGAUGCGCUCCGCCCUUCGCAAGGCCUCCUUUCUGACUGUGGGCACCACGGGUGUGGGUGGCGCCUCUGUACCCGUGGACGCUGCCCUCCUCGAUGAGGCUAUUGAUGCUUACGACCCCGUGCCUUGCCACGUACCUCAUUCCUAUGCAGACCUCGAUGCGCUCGAGAAACAGAGCGCAGCCGUGCAACAGGCCAUGGAGGCCAUCCAGCGAUUGCGAGACGGCGUCAAGAAACAGCUUGACUCGCACCACAAAGUCCAGACCAGCCUCUCCGUGCUGAUGAAGCAAGAGCAGCGAGAGGCUGCCAACAUUCAUGAGCGGCUCGAGCAUUGUCGCAACCAACUCGAGACCUUGGCAGCCUUACGGCGGGACUUGAAGGUGCACCUUGAAAACUUGCCAGACGAUCAAGUUCUUCCCACCGGGCCAACGAGUGCAACCACGUCACCCUAUUCCUCCAACCGAAAGCAGCCCAAUGACCAGUUCCAUGGGGCCAAUGACGGCCCUCCUACCAGGAGCGUCAGCACCGAGGAGGCGGCUCUAUUGGACCUGCCCUCUUCCGCUGGGCCAACCGUGGCCCCCUCGAUUCAGGAUAUCUUUGGGGACGACGAUGAUGAGGAAGAAGAUGAAAGGUUUGCUGUUGACCAUCACAAGGGCAGUGAUAGUGCCG